ACACGCAAGCAAACAUAGUGGGCCAUGGAUAAUCGGGCCGGCAUUGUAUGUUGGGCUUCGCUGAUCGAUGGAGUCCUGAUCGAAAUCUUCUCAAAGCUGGACUUUGAUUCGCUGAUAUCAGUAGCAAGCGUGUGCCAUUCAUGGCGCUGCGUGGCCCAUUAUACAGAGAGCUGGGAUCGUGUCCAUUUCUGUCAUCAUGAAAGAUUCGUAGACAACUACAUCAAAGAAACCGUAGCAGUCGAUAAUCAAGAGAGGCUGUUCAGGGAAUCUAAAUACAUGAUAAGGCAUGUUGGAGCCGGAGCCAGGUCGAUUUAUGUCUGCCGGAUUGCUGACGACACAAUGGUCCAGAUGAUCGCUGACAGAUGCCCGUCAAUUGAGUCAAUCUCCCUUCGAUAUUGUAAUCGAAACUCACCAUCCGCUCUUAUCAAUAUAAUCCAAGCUUGCAAGCUCCUGAAAUUCAUCGACAUUAAGUUCUGUGGUGCUGUCAACUUCUGCUCUCCUCUGUCCACAUUAUUGAUCGAAGAAAUGGGUCAAUCUUGUCCAAGUCUGGUGGGCAUCAAUUUGGGGUGUUUACAAGUUACGGAAGAAAUGGCAAUAGCGAUUGGGAAAUUCCUGCCGAAACUCAAGUGGUUCAACCUCAAUGCUGCCACUAUAUCUUGUGAAGUUCUUUGUAUCAUCCUAGACUCGUGCACUGAGCUAGACCAUGUUAGCGUUAGAGGUUGCCGUUGACUAAUCCUGAAGGACGAACUCAAGAACUGGGCCAGAAGAAUCGCAGAGUUCAAGUACUACCCUGAAGUUCAACAGAUGGAACUGGUGCUGGAUUGAUGCUAUCGUCCCACAUCCAUGGCUUCUCAUUUUUUUCAAAUAUGUAGAUUAGUAAAUCUUCUCUUUCUUUAAUAUCUUUAUUUUAGGUGGGGAAUAAUUUUAGAUAUUUUAUUAUCUAAAUAUCUUCUUAUUAUAGGCAUUUUCUUAAUUAGAAUGCUUUUCUUAUAUAAGUAUCUUCUAAUUUUAUGUGCUUGCUUAUUUUCA